AUCUAGCCUACUCCCCUGUACACAAAGUACACAGGAAUUGGCAGCGUAGAAGUACACCUCUCCCGGCAGCAUCACAUCUCCAGCUGCCUCCAGCUUCAUCGGGACCUCGUAAGUCUCGGCAAUCUUGCCUGAUUAUAGGGGGCACUACCGACAAAUCAUUUCUCCUCCUUACAAUAUGUAUCAACACGCACUGUGGCUCAAACGUUAAGCCACUUUUCCCUUUUGGUAUAACUAUCUACAUGUUAAACCAUCCAGAUUUCAAUAUAUCGUCAUGCUUGCGGUUGUGUGGAUAUUAUGGCAUAUGUAUAUAUAUGUCAACAAGCCUUAUAGGUAAUGUCAAGCUGGCACUUCUGGAUUCAGAAUAUAUAUCAAACUAAAGCAAGGCUUCUCAGUCUGUGUUUCUCACGAUAAGUAGAAAAGGUGAUAAUUACAAGUACUCAUUCUUUUCUUCUGAGGUACAGGUAGCAAUCUUAGAAGCAAGGUAUGUUAUUAUUAUCCAAUGUAUGAAAACUAAUAUAUAUAAUUCCUCAAGUUUAUAUCUUAUAAAAUCAAACCAUUUAGUCGUAAUAUGUCAUUUUUGCUGUAUUGUUUAUGCCUACAGGUUGCUCGUCUGUUUGACAGAUAUUCUGUAUAGAUUAAAAGGCUAGAUAAGUAAAUCCAGUACACCGUAUGGUGAGUUAAUACAGGUAGAAUUCAUCCAGUAUUUUCAAUUCCUUGGUUUGUAUGUAUCUAGCUUGGUGAUGUCUCUCCUUGGUAAGUAUCUGGUAUGUAUCCUGUGUCCCAAUAGAGGUAGAAUUGCUAGGGUGUAGAAUCAGGGGAUCACAGCUGGAGAGCUUGUUACUCUGUCCAUGUUCGUUAUUUCAGCUUCACUGUAGAGCUAUU